AUGGGUAAUGAACAUUGCUGCAAAGGCAGAGGAGCAUUUGAGAUAAGACCUGCUGGUAAAGUCAGGUCUGAUUUUGCCACCAAGCUUAACAAGAAAAAGAAAAAGAUCUUGCUUGAAGAACCUCUAUUCGAACCAGAAAAUGAGGUCAUAGUCAGGUCGUUUUAUGAUGAUUAUAAGAUUCAGAAGUAAGUUUCUGGAGAAGUACCCUAUUUCAUACAUCUUUGUGACUGACAAAGAUGGACAGAAGUUUAUAGCAAAGUUUUAUGAUAAAAGUGACGAUAAGAAAGCAUUUUAUUAUAAGGAUCUGGUUUUUAGUUCAGUCCUUUCACAUCAUCAUCAGAUUCCAGUAAUCAAGGAUAGCUAUAUAAAUGAGAUGGUGAUUGUCGAGGAGAUCAGAAGUGAGAGAACUCUGCUCUCUGAAAUGAUCUCUGCUAGUUCAAAAACUCCUUAUCCUAUUUCUUAUGCUUUUGCUUUAGUUGCUAUGAAACAGAUUGUUAAAGUUUUGAAUAUACUUAAUGAGUAUAAAAUCUUCCAUGGAAACCUUAUUCCCUCAAAUAUUAUAUUCAAAGAAGCAAAGAAUUGGCUGUCUUUAAAUGUCACUGGCCUUGAAAGAUCAUGACUUAUUGAAGAAAAUUCAAUUUUUGACAAGAAAUUCGACAAUUUCAAUGUUGAUGAUGGCUAUUAUUCCAAGAUGAGCAUGUACACAGAAGUCAGGAAAUAAGUUCAGUCUUGAAGAGACCAAGGAUGUACCUAAUAUGCUAUAUUAUGCACCAGAGUUAGCCAAGGGAUUUCCAACUGAGAAAUCAGAUAUCUGGUCAGCAGGAAUCAUAUUUUACCAGAUGUUAUCAAAGGAGCACCCAUUUGAAGAUCUAGUGCACUUGAGCUUUAAUGAAUACUCAGAGAAACUUGAGAUGAAUAGCUUGAGCGAAAAUUAUCUCAGGUUUGACAGUCCUCUGUUUCUAGAUUCUCCCCAGGAGAUCCUGGACUUAAUCUCCAAGAUGUUAAUUUAUGAUGCUCCCAAACGUAUAGGAAUCGAGCAACUAAAUGCAGAAAUAAUCAAGCUAAAUUCUCUUUUUGAAGGAAAAAUCAAGCGUGAAGUUCGCUCUAACACAUCUAAAAAAGAAAAACAAGAGCAAUCAAAAGAGGCUUCUCAAGGAGAUAAUACUGCUAGUGAGACUGAAAUGCUCCAUGAACCAAUGGAAGUCAAAAAAUUAGAGAAACUAAGUGAUCAAAGUGUGGAAUUUGUUAAAAGAGAAGCAAUUCAAAGGGAAGAACCUCUUUAUACAAUGCAAGAAACUGAAGAGAAGAGCUCUAAAAGCCCUACAACUAGAGAGAUAGAGUUAAAUAAGCCUACAGCUAAGCAGAACAGUAAAGAUACUGAUGAAAAGAAAAGCAAAAAAUUGAACAAAAGUCGUACACCAAGGAAACAUAAAGAAGUAAAAAUUAAUGCUACAUCAGAGCAGCAGGCAAAUAAACAGUUGAGAAGAGAUCAAAAAAGAGAAAGGCAAAAUUUUCCUACUCAUCAGGACUUACAAAGGAACCAAUCUGAAUCUGACAAUGAGGAAAAGAAGGACGUUGGAAGUCUUCUUAAUAUCAACAACAAUCUUCAAAAAAUUCUAAUGAAGGCAGAUCCUCGCCUCUUUGAGAAAAUUGAAGGAAUGAAGAACCUGACUGAAAGUCAGACAGUCAAGGAUGAAGAGAAAGAAACUAAAGACAAUAAUAAUAGACACGAAGCAAAAAAGCAUAAAGCUCAUAAAAGAGCAAUAAAACCAACCAAAUCCCAAGAUUUUAUCGAUCAAGAGCCUGAAUUUAUCAACAGAGAAGAUAACCCAUUAGAUACUAUCAAAGCCAUCAACAUGAAGCAUAUGCAUAAUGACCAGGUUAAGGAUGUAGCCAAGCCCAAGACUCCUAAGAAGGCAAUCAAAUCAUGCAUUAUGUCUACUGAAAAAUCUGCUGAAUUUAGUGAGGAUGUGAGUGCAGAGCCAAGCAUAGAUCCAAGUGAUAUUUCAAAUGAUCAGCAAUCUUCACAGUCAAAUCUUAGCUAUAAGAUACAUGCCAAAUUAAUCAUAUAUGCUAUGUGAUUAACAAAUAUUGCUUCAGACUCGAGACUGGAAAAGAUCCAGAAGAGGUUCUUAAGAAUAGGAAAUAGGCAACAGAUAGUUGAAAAAGAUCUUGCACUUACGUAUUUUGGGAAGAAAAUAAUAGACUGAAGCUCUAUCAAUGAUGACACCAAAGAAGCAAUGUUAGGAUUUUUAAACUCUAAAGAUAGCUAUGACUCAGUCGCCUUUAUACAAGAUUAUCUUGCUGUUGACUGCUUUUUAGACCCAGAUCGAGAUACAUGUGAUAAAAUUUUUGAAUCAAUUAGCCAAGGAAAACCUAAAGUCAGCAAAAGUGUGUUUAAAAAUAUGCUCCAAGGGCAAUUAGAACCUGUCUACCCUGAUAAAGACGCAGAUCAACUAAAGAAAAUCCAGAGAAAGAUGCUCAAAAUGAUUACUCAAAAGGAUAAAAAGAUCACCAAGGACAAAUUCCUAAAUUUCAUGUUGAAAUAA